GGACAUCACAGAUACUACUUUGCACUCAGAGUCCGAGAUCGAGGAAGAUGGCGAGGUCGGUGACGUUUCUACUAUGGAGCCUUCUUAUUCUUGGAACCCUAACCCUAAUCCAGGCAAAGAAAUCCAAGGAGAAUUUGAAGGAAAUCACACACAAGGUUUAUUUUGAUAUCGAGAUCGAUGGGAAGUCAGCUGGUCGAAUUGUUAUGGGUCUCUUUGGCAAGACUGUUCCCAAAACAGCUGAGAAUUUCCGAGCUUUGUGCACAGGGGAGAAAGGAAUUGGUAAGAGUGGGAAACCUCUCCAUUACAAGGGGAGCAAAUUCCACAGGAUAAUUCCGAGCUUUAUGCUCCAGGGAGGCGAUUUUACGCAUGGAAAUGGAAUGGGUGGAGAAUCUAUUUAUGGUGAGACGUUUCCAGAUGAGAACUUCAAGAUCAAGCACACUGGACCAGGACUUCUAUCAAUGGCGAACGCGGGGAAAGACACCAACGGAUCACAAUUCUUCAUCACAACGGUAACAACCAGCUGGUUGGACGGGAGACAUGUAGUGUUUGGGAAGGUGGUGUCGGGGAUGGAUGUGGUUUACAAGAUCGAAGCUGAAGGCAAUCAAAGCGGAACCCCCAAGUCCAACGUUGUCAUCACCGACAGCGGCGAACUCCCUCUUUGAUCUUUUUUUUCAUGAUUAUUUACUCCCCCUUUGAUCUUUGUAUGGUAUCUCCGUUAAUGGAGAGCUUCUUCAGAUUCAAUGCCGGAUGAUGAUGACUGUAUUUGACCAAACUGUUUGUUGUUCGAUGAAUUAAAAGAAAACAUAUAUA